AUGGACAAGGUUUGGAAGAAAGCUAUGACAUCUAUAGGUCGCUUGGCUUUUUUUGGUGGUUACGGACAUGCGCACUUUACAAAGGAAAACAGCUCUCUAUCCACAGUGAAUUGUCAGUCAGUUUUCGCUAAUACAAAUAUCUACCACAAGCAAAGGAUUGCUAUUGGUGCUAUCGACUGCACCCAUAUACCUAUUCUGAACCCGUUUAUUCAUGCAGACGAAUAUGUGAACAGAAAGAACUUUGCUAGUAUAAAUGUACAAGCAACGUGCAAUUCAAACGAAGAGUUCACAAGUGUGGAUGUUUCUUGGCCAGGAUCUGUACACGACUCUCGGAUAUGGAAGAAUUCUGAUAUAUGA